AUGCCUUAUAUGGCCACUGGCAAAUGGCAUUUAGGUUUUAUGAACCGUGAAUACACGCCUACAUACCGGGGCUUUGACUCGCACGUGGGUUAUUGGACUAACCGGCAGUUCUAUUUCAAUCAUACCAAUUGUGACCCAUAUGACCGGGCCAGUUGUGGCUAUGAUUUCCGACAUAACAUGGAUGUCAUCACAAACGCGUCGGGAGUUUAUUCAACACAUUAUUUCACCGACAGAUGCCUUCAUAUCAUCGAUGAACAUAACACAUCUGAGCCACUGUUCCUAUAUAUGCCACACCAGGCCCUACACGUGUCGGCUAAUAAAUUCCCGGUGGAGGCGCCCCAGGAGUACAUCGAUAUGUUUGCGUACAUCGAGUCCGAUAUGAGACGAGGGUUGGCCGCCGCGGCCUACAGUAUGGACGAGUCGAUCGGUGCAGUUGUCGAGCGCCUACACUCGAGACAAAUGUUGGAAAACACAAACGGUGGAUCAAAUUGGCCGCUAAGGGGAAUGAAAGUGGAAUAUUUUGAGGGAGGUAUCAGAGUCCCGGCGUUCAUAUGGAGUCCAUUGUUGAAUAAAAGUGGUUACGUAUCGGACGCCAUGAUUCACGUGACAGACGUAUUGCCCACCAUUUUAGAUGCCAUCGAUAACAACACCGGCAUAUUGAAUGAACAAAAUAUUUAUGGUAAAUCUCAAUGGAGUGUACUAUCAAAUAAUGAACUCCCGGUGCGAACGGAAAUCAUACAUAAUAUCGAUUACUUGACUAAUAUAUCGGCCAUUCGGUGGUACGACUGGAAACUUAUUCAGGAUACCUCAUUGGAAAGGUCGGGCCUAUGGGUGCGACCUCUGGGCUAUCAAAACAUGGGUCUAAACCGAAAAUCGUUACAAACGCUGCAGUCUAAGGAUCGCGUGAAUAGUAAGUCAUAUCAAGUGUUGUCACAAAUGAAUAGACGACCCGAUUAUGAGAUGCUGAAGGAGUCGGUGGUUGAGUGCGAACCACAUGAACCUACCCACCCGGCCAACAAUGACUGCACAACUGAGUUGUGUUUGUUUAACAUACGGGACGACCCGUGCGAAUACCAUAACCUGAUUGGGGUAUCCUGA